AGGCGCCGGAGCCGGAUCCCGAGCCGGAGUCCGAGCCGGGAAGCCGGUCUCGGGGGUGGGGGGGCGCGGCUCCGGGCUGUGGGGACGGGCCGGGUGAGGCAGCGAUGGCGAACCUGUGGGGAGGCCUCCUCGGCCUGGGCUCCGUGCUCCGCCUGCCCUGCCUGGCGCUGUGGGUGCUGCUGCUGGUGCCGCUGUCAGCCGCCGCCAAGAAUUUUGAGGAUGUUCGAUGUAAAUGUAUCUGUCCUCCCUAUAAAGAGAAUUCUGGACAUAUUUAUAAUAAGAACAUAUCCCAGAAAGACUGUGACUGCCUUCAUGUUGUGGAGCCCAUGCCUGUGCGGGGCCCCGAUGUAGAAGCGUACUGUCUACGCUGUGAAUGUAAAUAUGAGGAAAGAAGUUCUGUUACAAUCAAGGUUACCAUUAUAAUUUAUCUGUCCAUUUUGGGCCUUCUGCUUCUGUACAUGGUAUAUCUUACUCUGGUGGAGCCCAUACUGAAGAGGCGCCUCUUCGGACACUCACAGUUGAUACAGAGCGAGGAGGACAUUGGGGAUCACCAGCCUUUUGCAAAUGCCCACGAUGUGCUGGCCCGUUCCCGCAGCCGAGCCAAUGUUCUGAACAAGGUAGAGUAUGCCCAGCAGCGCUGGAAACUUCAAGUCCAAGAGCAACGAAAAUCUGUCUUUGACCGACAUGUUGUCCUCAGCUAAUUGGGACGUGAAUUCAAAGUGACUAGAAAGUAACAAAACAGACAAUUGGAAAGAACUGACUGAGUUUUCCUGGGUUUUGUUUUAAUGCCCUUUUUGAUCUCACCAACUCUCACCGAAGACUCAAAAUUGGAAGCAAAAUAUGCUUGGUAUUUUUUCCCCCUGUCAACGUAUUAAAGGGACUUUUUAAAAGCACACACUUCAAAGUCAGCUAAUAAACCUUUUACUACUGUGACUUUUACUAAUAAAAACAAACCUUUCUGAUAGUUAUCUUAAAAUUCUUUACCUGGAACAAGCACUGUCUUUUUCACUACACUGUUUUAACUUGGUUUUUCAGAUGAUUUUCUGGGUUUUUGUUUGCUUUUUGCAGAAAGAAGGGAUGUGUGGGAAGUGCUUCACACAGCUUUUCUCAAGUCACUUUCCUAAACAAGCUUUUGUAAAUAGUCCUUACCUCCUGUUUUCAAGUUUCGUUUGUAUUUUGCAGUGUAGCCAGCCUCAUCAAAAUGCUGACUUACUCAACUGACUUUUGCACUGACUAUAUUAUCUAGGUAUCUGGUUGGCCCGUGACUGAACUUCAUGGUAAACUGGCUCUGAAAUGCCUGGUGGCUCUUCACAAAAUGCAGAUUCUCCUCAUGUACUGUGAUGUAUGAUGCAGUGCAUCUCAGAACUGGCUAUUUGCUAGUUUACUCUAAUGACUCAUAGUCUUGAUGUGUGUGGUCGUCCUCAUCUUGUUCAAGUAUUUUUAAGGACAAAUCUUAAGGACCUGGAUACUUGCAAUAAAGAAGUUUUCUUUUAAA